AUGUCUGUGCAAUCCAAACUUGCGCGUUUUUACCUCCAAAUUCGGUAUGGUCAGUCGAAAACGCCCAAGGUUCUCCUGGCCCUGGUAAUUUGUGCAAUCUCCGGUCAAAUAAUCAGGAAAAUAUUUUUAAGCUGUAGUUAUAAGAGGAGUAAGCACUUCAAAAACACAUUCUCACUUUCAUAACAUCAGAAGCGUAUAUUUUCCUAUUCCAGUAGAUCGUCAUCCAAAGCGCCAAUCAACCAAAAAGAAUGCCAUUAAUCCCGAAUUCUUCAACCAAUUCCAAUAUCUUGUCAAAAUUAUGAUCCCCAAAUUCUUUUGCAGAGAAACUGGGAUCAUCGGUGAGUCCUACAGAUCGCUUACACUCUUAUCUAGCAUAAGAAUAUACUUUUAUCACUGUUGUAUUACUAUCAUGUAUAAUAUCUUCAGGUAUCCAUUCGAUCGUUUUGAUGAGCCGAACCUUCUUAUCCAUUUAUGUGGCAGCUCUAGAAGGUCGAAUGAUCAAGGCGAUUGUCCAAACAAAUGUCUCGCAGUUCAGCUGGCUUAUGUGUAAAUGGAUUAUGGUAGCUGUGCCGGCCACUUUGGUGAAUUCUUUGAUCCGAUUCUUCGAUUCCUACAUAGGAUUGGUCUUGAGGGAGCGACUGAGUAAACAUGCUUACAAAUUGUACUUCGAGGUAAAGCCUUAUCACCUACUCAGUGUUUUUUUUUUAUUUUGGCUUCCCAUUCUUAUAUCACCAAUUUCAGAAUGAUGUCUAUUACAAAGUUUCGAAUGUGGAUACUCGAUUAUUAAAUGUGGAUCAAUGCCUGACCGAAGAUAUUUCGAUGUUUUCGAGUCAAGUUGCCCAUCUCUACUCGCAGAUUACCAAACCUUUGUUUGAUAUUGCUUUAAUCACGUAAGAUAACACUUUGGAUACCAUUGACUCCUUUAAGAAUAACCCUUAUUAACUACGCUCGGCGGAGAGAGGUCGGGAACACAGUGAUGAUACCAGUCAUAUUGGCUUGUGUUAUUGUUUCAGCGACUGCCAGGAUAUUGAAAAGGGUUUCCCCAAGGUAAGGGUAAUAUCAGAAACGAAAAAAUUUAUUUCAAUUUGAAGAUUUGAUAACAUGAUCGCAAAGGAAGCACAGUUAAAGGGACAUUUGAGAUAUUUGCAUUCAAGAGUCAUCACGAAUUCCGAGGAAAUCGCGUUCUAUAAAGGCCAACAGGUAAGCUCUGUCAUUUUUUUUUGAUUAAAAGUCGACUUAAUUCUUUUAACCCAAUCCCUUUGAUGUCUAAUAUUUUCAGGUCGAACACAACCUCCUCGAAAAGGCCUUCCGGGAUCUUUACGACCAGACCUUACUCAUCUUCAAGAAACGCAUCCCUUAUGUGGCCAUCGAACAGUUCCUCAUGAAAUACGUCUGGUCAGCCACGGGAAUGGCCAUGAUCGCCAUUCCAAUCCUCUUCACCCACAACACCAAGAUCGAGAGCGACCCGGAUGGAGGUGUCAGUGAGAGAACUCGAGGCUUCGCGACCGCCAAGAAUCUUCUCUAUUCUUCGGCCGAUGCGGCCGAAAGGCUAAUGGUCUCGUAUAAGGAGAUAAAUGAGCUUGCUGGAUAUACGGAUCGAGUCCAUCAAAUGUUCAAAGUCAUCGAAGAAGUGAAGGAGAACAAGUUUGAAAGGACCGGAGAGGUGGAACAGAGAGGAGAAAAGUUUGACAUCAGCCAGGUCAUGGGGAAUAUCAUUGAGACGAGUGGGCUGAUUGAGACUGUUAAUAUGCCCAUUGUCACGCCAAAUGGCGACUUGAUUGUUAAGAACUUCAAUGUGAAGGUGAAUAUCUUUAAUAGUUUAUGUUCUUUGACCAAUUUUACUAUUUAUAUUCUCCAUCUUCAGAUUGAGCCAGGAACUCACGUUUUCAUCACAGGUCCCAAUGGAUGUGGAAAGUCCUCGUUCUUCCGAGUAUUGGGAGGCCUUUGGCCCGUCUAUUCAGGAGUUCUGAAAUGUCCGAAGAGGAAUCAAAUGUUUUAUAUUCCACAAAGACCUUACAUGACGUUAGGAACUUUGAGAGAUCAGAUCAUCUAUCCUGACAGCUAUCAUGUCAUGAAAAGCAGGGGAUUCACAGACCGCGAUCUGUUGAGGAUUCUGGAUACUGUGACCUUAGGGCCAAUUGUGGAAAGAGAAGGAGGUAAGGGAUUUCAUUACUUUAGGUCGGGCGUAAAUGGCCUAGGAUUGCCAUAAUUUUUUUAAUUUACAUUGUUCUUUAUUAUCUUUUUUCCAGGCCUCUCCGCUCAAUGUGAUUGGAUGGAUGUUCUCUCUGGAGGUGAGAAACAACGUCUAGGCAUGGCCAGAGUACUGUAUCAUCAACCUUUGUAUGCUCUUCUUGACGAAUGCACUUCGGCCGUGUCGAUUGACGUGGAAGGGAAGAUCUACCAGGCCAUAAAAGAUGCAGGAGUCACCCUGUUGACCAUCUCACAUCGUCCGUCUCUCUGGCAUUUCCAUUCUCAUCUUCUAAAAUACGAUGGAUACGGGGGAUAUGAGUUUGGCGAAUUGAAAGAAGCCGAUUUACCGAGUGUUCAGAAUGGCCAUAGCUAA